UGAAGGUGAUAAUGAACAGCAGACGUUGCAGUCAUCAGUGAAGAUGUGUUCAGUGAAGCUGCUGGACUGCAGGAAUUUGAUGAAGAUGAGAGUAGAAACCACAACAUUGGAUCAUGAGAGUGAUGAUGAUGAUGAUGAUGAAACCACAACAGAGGAACAAGAGAGUGUUGAAGAUGAUGAUGAUUUUAUUCCCUCAGAUGUUCAUCAUGAGAGAGCAGGUGGAUGUGAUCUGCUGUAAAUCAGUAGGAACUGAUCUGUCCAUGCUGGAUAUUGAUGAUUUCAUCACAGAAAUCUCUCAGCUGAAGAAAGAGGUGACGUCACUGAAGACAAAACUGAUGGAGAGAGAACUGUAUUCAUCCUGCACCUGUUUUGAGCGAGUUAAAGUUGAGAUUGAGCUGGAAAAGGUUUCCUGUCAACCUUCAGUGUGUGUGACUGAUGGGACCUCCACAGAAUGUCAGGAUUCAGUGUGGAGCGGCAGAGAUCAGUCCACACCACAGCAGCUGCUGGACAAACUCUCUGAACAGAGAUCCAGAGACACACAGGACUCACAGCUCACUUUACUCUGUUCUACUGAUGCUCAGGAGAGUGUGUGUGACAGUAAUCAGGGUGAUCAAACCUCCACAGAGUCUCUGACUUCUGUCUGUAACGCUGGAGAACAGCAGAUGCUGCAGACACCAGUGAAGAUUGAAGUGAAGCAGGAGGAGAUAAAAGAAGAAAUCACAGCAGAGGAACAACAGAGAGAUGAAGAUGAUGAUGAACAGCAGACGUUGCAGACAUCAGUGAAGAUGUGUUCAGUGAAGCUGCUGGACUGCAGGAAUUUGAUGAAGAUGAGAGUAGAAACCACAACAUUGGAUCAUGAGAGUGAUGAUGAUGAUGAUGAAACCACAACAGAGGAACAAGAGUGUGAUGAAGAUGAUGAUGAUUUUAUUCCCUCAGAGCUGAUGAACGAGCAAGAUGAACCUCUAGAGCUGAAUGAAGUGGAGGAGAAACUUCAGGAUCAUAAACAUCAUGAUUUAAUACCUGGAGAAAAAUCUUUGAGUGGCUCAAAGACUAAGAAGAAUUUCUCACCAAAAAAGCCUCAAAGAAGAGCAGCCAAAAAUACUUUAACCUGCUCUCAGUGUGGAAAGAGUUUCAAAUAUAAAUGCCAGCUUAAUAUACACAUGAGAAUUCACUCUGGAGAAAGACAAUUUGAAUGUGAUCAGUGCGGUAAAACAUUUGUUUUGGCAACAUACCUACAAAAACAUCUGAAAACGCACACAAAUGAGAAGCCUUACAAAUGCUUUUCUUGUGGAAAACGUUUUUCAUGCCAGUCCUAUUGUAAAGAACACCAGAAAAUACAUACCGGUGCUGGGGUUCAUAUGUGCUUUGAAUGUGGGAAGAUCUUUAUUACAGCCGGAGACUUGAAACAGCACCAAAGAAUUCAUACUGGAGAAAAACCUUACAAGUGUUCACACUGUGGAAAGAGUUUCCCUUGGUCACAGAGCCUGAAAACACACGAGAGAAUUCAUAUUGGAGAAAAACCUUACAAGUGCUCACUCUGUGGAAAGAGUUUCACUCAGUCACAACACCUGAAAAAACACGAGAGAAUUCAUACUGGAGAAAAACCUUACAAGUGUUCACUCUGUGGAAAGAGUUUCCCUUGGUCACAACACCUGAAAAUACAUGAGAGAAUUCAUACUGGAGAAAAACCUUACAAGUGUUCACACUGUGGAAAGAGUUUCCCUCAGUCACAAAACCUGAAAACACACGAGAGAAUUCAUACUAGAGAAAAACCUUACAAGUGCUCACUCUGUGGAAUGAGUUUCCCUUUGUCACAACACCUGAAAAUACAUGAGAGAAUUCAUAUUGGAGAAAAACCUUACAAGUGCUCACUCUGUGGAAAGAGUUUCCCUUGGUCACAACACCUGAAAAUACAUGAGAGAAUUCAUACUGGAGAGAAACCUUACAAGUGUUCAAACUGUGGCAAGAGUUUCACUCAGUCACAACACCUGAAAAAACACGAGAGAAUUCAUACUGGAGAAAAACCUUACAAGUGUUCACUCUGUGGAAAGAGUUUCCCUUGGUCACAACACCUGAAAAUACAUGAGAGAAUUCAUACUGGAGAGAAACCUUACAAGUGUUCACUCUGUGGAAAGAGUUUCAGUCAUUCACAACAACUGAAAUUACACGAGAGAAUUCAUACUGGAGAAAAACCUUACAAGUGUUCACUCUGUGGAAAGAGUUUCAGUCAUUCACAACAACUGAAAUUACACGAGAGAAUUCAUACUGGAGAAAAACCUUACAAGUGUUCACACUGUGAAAAGAGUUUCCCUCAGUCACAACACCUGAAAAAACACGAGAGAAUUCAUACUGGAGAAAAACCUUACAAGUGUUCACACUGUGGAAAGUGUUUCCCUUGGUCACAACACCUGAAAAAACACGAGAGAAUUCAUACUGGUAAAAAACCUUACAAGUGUUCACACUGUGAAAAGAGUUUCCCUUGGUCACACAGCCUGAAAACACACGAGAGAAUUCAUACUGGAGAAAAACCUUUCAAGUGUUCACAAUGUGGAAAGAGUUUCUCUCAGUCACACAGCCUGAAAACACACGAGAGAAUUCAUACUGGAGAAAAACCUUUCAAGUGUUCACUCUGUGGAAAGAGUUUCACUCAGUCACAACACCUGAAAAAACACGAGAGAAUUCAUACUGGAGAGAAACCUUACAAGUGUUCUCACUGUGGAAACAGUUUCUCUUGUUCACAACACCUGAAAUCACAUGAGAGAAUUCAUACUGGUGAGAAGCCUUACAAAUGCUUUUCUUGUGGAAAACGUUUUUCAUGCCAGUCCUAUUGUAAAGAACACCAGAAAAUACAUACCGGUGCUGGGGUUCAUAUGUGCUUUGAAUGUGGGAAGAUCUUUAUUACAGCCGGAGACUUGAAACAGCACCAAAGAAUUCAUACUGGAGAAAAACCUUACAAGUGCUCACUCUGUGGAAAGAGUUUCAAUCAUUCACAACAACCGAAAAUACAUGAGAGAAUUCAUACUGGAGAAAAACCUUACAAGUGUUCACACUGUGGAAAGAGUUUCAAUCAUUCACAACAACUGAAAAUACACGAGAGAAUUCAUACUGGAGAAAAACCUUACAAGUGCUCACUCUGUGGAAAGAGUUUCCCUUGGUCACAACAACUGAAAAUACAUGAGAGAAUUCAUACUGGAGAAAAACCUUACAAGUGUUCACACUGUGGAAAGAGUUUCCCUUGGUCACAGAGCCUGAAAACACACGAGAGAAUUCAUAUUGGAGAAAAACCUUACAAGUGCUCACUCUGUGGAAAGAGUUUCACUCAGUCACAACACCUGAAAAAACACGAGAGAAUUCAUACUGGAGAAAAACCUUACAAGUGUUCACUCUGUGCAAAGAGUUUCCCUUGGUCACAACACCUGAAAAUACAUGAGAGAAUUCAUACUGGAGAAAAACCUUACAAGUGUUCACACUGUGGAAAGAGUUUCCCUCAGUCACAAAACCUGAAAACACACGAGAGAAUUCAUACUAGAGAAAAACCUUACAAGUGCUCACUCUGUGGAAUGAGUUUCCCUUUGUCACAACACCUGAAAAUACAUGAGAGAAUUCAUAUUGGAGAAAAACCUUACAAGUGCUCACUCUGUGGAAAGAGUUUCACUUGGUCACAACACCUGAAAAUACAUGAGAGAAUUCAUACUGGAGAGAAACCUUACAAGUGUUCACUCUGUGGAAAGAGUUUCACUCAGUCACAACACCUGAAAAAACACGAGAGAAUUCAUACUGGAGAAAAACCUUACAAGUGUUCAGUCUGUGGAAAGAGUUUCCCUUGGUCACAACACCUGAAAAUACAUGAGAGAAUUCAUACUGGAGAGAAACCUUACAAGUGUUCACUCUGUGGAAAGAGUUUCAGUCAUUCACAACAACUGAAAUUACACGAGAGAAUUCAUACUGGAGAAAAACCUUACAAGUGUUCACUCUGUGGAAAGAGUUUCAGUCAUUCACAACAACUGAAAUUACACAAGAGAAUUCAUACUGGAGAAAAACCUUACAAGUGUUCACUCUGUGGAAAGAGUUUCAGUCAUUCACAACACCUGAAAAAACACGAGAGAAUUCAUACUGGAGAAAAACCUUACAAGUGUUCACACUGUGGAAAGUGUUUCCCUUGGUCACAACACCUGAAAAAACACGAGAGAAUUCAUACUGGUAAAAAACCUUACAAUUGUUCACACUGUGAAAAGAGUUUCUCUCAGUCACACAGCCUGAAAACACACGAGAGAAUUCAUACUGGAGAAAAACCUUUCAAGUGUUCACAAUGUGGAAAGAGUUUCUCUCAGUCACACAGCCUGAAAACACACGAGAGAAUUCAUACUGGAGAAAAACCUUUCAAGUGUUCAUUCUGUGGAAAGAGUUUCACUCAGUCACAACACCUGAAAAAACACGAGAGAAUUCAUACUGGAGAGAAACCUUACAAGUGUUCUCACUGUGGAAACAGUUUCUCUUGUUCACAACACCUGAAAUCACAUGAGAGAAUUCAUACUGGAGAGAAACCUUUCACCUGCUCUCAGUGUGGAAAGAGUUUCAUAUAUAUAAAAGCCAGCUUAAUACACACGAGAAUUCACACAGGAGAGAGGCCUUAUACGUGCCAUCAGUGUGGAAAAAGUUUUGCACAAACACAAAAUCUCACACGUCAUCUUCGCCGUCACUCUGGAGAAAGACAAUUUGAAUGUGAUGAUUGUGGGAAGAUCUUUAUUAAAGCGAGAGACUUGAAACACCACCAAAGAAUUCAUACUGGAGAAAAACCUUACAAGUGCCCACACUGUGGAAAGAGUUUCACUCAUUCACAAAACCUGAAAACACACGAGAGAAUUCAUACUGGAGAAAAACCUUACAAGUGUUCACACUGUGGAAAGAGUUUCUCUUGUUCACAACACCUGAAAAUACACGAGAGAAUUCAUACUGGAGAAAAACCUUACAAGUGCUCACUCUGUGGAAAGAGUUUCCCUUGGUCACAACACCUGAAAAUGCACGAGAGAAUUCAUACUGGAGAAAAACCUUACAAGUGCUCACUCUGUGGAAAGAGUUUCUCUUCUUCUCAAUACCUGAAAACACACGAGAGAAUCCAUACUGGAGAGAAACCAUACACCUGCUCACAAUGUGGAAAGAGAUUUGCACGUAAAAGCAAUCUUAAUGAUCACACAAGCGUUCAUACUGGAGAGCGGCCUUACAAGUGUCGUCAGUGUGGGAAAGCUUUUAAACGUAAACAUCGUCUUAAUACCCACACAAGAAUUCACACAGGAGAGAAGCCUUACACGUGCCAUCAGUGUGGAAAAAGUUUUGCAUAUCUACACCAUCUCCAGAAUCAUCUCCAGUAUCACUCUGGAGAAAAGCCAUUUGAAUGUGAUAAGUGUGGUAAAACAUUUGCUUUGUAUUCAGUCCUAAAAAAACACCUGAAAACUCACACAAAAGAGAAACUUUACAAGUGUUCUUUUUGUGGAAAGAGUUUUGCACGCCUGAAUUAUUUUCAAGAUCACCAGACAAUGCAUACGGGUGUGGGGGCUCAUGUGUGCCUUGAAUGUGGAAAGACCUUUGUUACAGCCAGUGUCUUAAAAGAGCACUUAAGAAUUCAUACUGGAGAAAAACCUUACAAGUGCUCACACUGUGAAAAGAGUUUCACUCAGUCAGAAAACCUGAAAAAACACGAGAGAAUCCACACUGGAGAAAAACCUUUUAAGUGCUCACACUGUGGAAAGAGUUUCAGUCAGUCAGAAAACCUGAAAAAACACGAGAGAAUCCACACUGGAGAGAAAUCUUACAAAUGCUCACACUGUGGAAAGAGUUUUAAUCAGUCAGAAAACCUGAAAAAACACGAGAGAAUCCAUACUGGAGAGAAAUCUUACAAAUGCUCACACUGUGGAAAGAGUUUUAAUCAGUCAGAAAACCUGAAAAAACACGAGAGAAUCCAUACUGGAGAGAAAUCUUACAAAUGCUCACAUUGUGGAAAGACUUUCAUUCAAUCAGUGAACCUGAAAAAACAUGAGAGAAUUCAUACUGGAGAGAAACCAUACCACUGCUCUUCAUGUGGAAAAUGUUUCAUCGCAGCAAGUAAUCUACAUAGACAUGUAAAUAACAGUUGCCCAGGUAGUCACAGUGAGCAAAUAUCAUCAUCAGGUCCAACAAGAUCAAGUAAAUAGUUGGUAAUGCAAAUAAAUCCAAAGACUCUGAUAGCACAUGUACAUCACCUAGAUGUGUGUGUUUACUUCUGGGAGACUUAAUUUCUUCAUCUGCAAUAUGGCUAUAAGUUGUUUCCUCUCAGAUGUCAAUAACACGUUCAGCAGAUGUCUGAGGCGUUCAUGAUUUAGAAAGUUUAUUUUAGUCAGAUCUUUUUAAGAUGUUUAGCAGAUGUUAAUUUGAUUGUGAUGCUUUCCAGAUCAAAAGAUCUAAAACGAGCAUCUCAGGGAUGUACAUGUGCUAUCCGGUGAUGAAAGUUCUCCCAAUAGAGCAUCAUUUAAGAGAAUAACCAAGGGCAUGCAUCCCUCCUAUUGUCUUAGGGUUUUUUAGGUUUUUUUUUGAGGACAGGUAAUGAAUACAUUAUCAAUACAGGAUAGUUUUUGGUACUAGAACCAAAUGUUGUGACUUUGUCAGGACCAUCAAAACAAGCUAAUGAAAUUGUUUAUUUAUUUUAAGAGAAAUCAAAUUGUUCUUGUUCCUUUCAUUGUCUUAAUGAGUAAGUUUAGUCCUGUAUGGGAAAAACCUGUUUUGACCUAUCACCUUUGAACUUUAUUUAGGUUAUGUAGCUUUAAAUAUAUUUUUUUGUACAUCUAUGAAUCAAAUUUGAACUAAAAGUAUUUCACAUUUUCUCAAAUUUAGCCCCAAGCCCUAUAGUGUUCUCUAGAACCCACAUGCCCCCAUCUGCUCCACUGGGCAUCUUUCCCACAAAUUGUAUACUUUCCCCUCAAACAGAGUUUGAUAUGUGCACACAUCAUAUGUUAGUAAAUCUGUUUACCUAUAUGAUUUAAUAUGAUGGGUACAAUGGGGCUAAAUGCCCCUCAAUGGUAAACUACCUAAUGGAUGUUAUUUUCUUCUAAAACAUUAGAUGGCUUCCUAAAUCCCUGUAACACUGCGACAAAUUGUUUGACAUUUGUGGGAAGGAAUGGAUUUGUUGACAUGGACAUGCGAAAUGAGCCCAGUUUGACUGCUGUAAAAGGCAAUAGAGAUUUAUUGAUAAUAUAGGCAUGUACUAAAAUUUUACUUUAAUUUGUAAGCAGAAUAAAUCAGAAAUUGAUGUAAUAUACUUAAGUUGUUUUAAAAUGUAGAAAGUGAUGCAAAUAAAUAUCAAUUAAGACAUUCUUGGCCAAUGUUUGCAAAUGUAAAUAUAAAUAAUUGUUACUCCAUUAAUAUUCAGAAUAUAUAAUUCUCCCCCUUAUCACUAUACACUUUGGGACUACAAUAAAACAGGUUUUCAUGAAACCCUGUUUCAGCACAGUUGAGUUCUCAACACAUUUUCAAAAGUUUCCUGCCAAAGUGGGGGUGAUCAGCUAUGGAGUGAGGGGAGAAGUGGGAGUGAACCUGUUGUAGAAAUGUUGAUAGUCAUUGAUCAGUGUCUGAGAAUGCAGAGGGGGAGAACCUGCUUCUGUGGGAGACCUUGGUUGAAAAGAGGUAUAAAAAAACAAGUCAGCCCUCCCCUUCAGCGUCUCGCUCAUGGCACAGAGUAACUCCUGUGUA